CUUCAGCAGUAGCAGGAUUGUACCAGAACCACCAAGACCACCACUUGCUGUUCAUCAUUUCAAGCUCUGAAUUAUACCUCCCCGAGACAUUGCCUGUAUUUCUUUAAUUCCAAGUCUGUAGGACGGCACAAGGUUACCUUGAAACUAUUUCAGAUGUCUUCAGAAGCAGCAUCUCAGGUCUCCGUUGGGGCACUCAGCGCUAUCUUCGAUGAUACAAAGCCUCAAACGCGUGAGCCUAUUGUUCAAUGUGUCCAGAUAAAGCAAUUGCCAUCUCAACAGAGCCACCCGGAACGCUAUCGAGCGGUAUUCAGUGACAUUUCAAAUUAUGUGCAGACGAUGCUUGCGACCCAAUUGAACCCCAUGGUGUCUAGUAAGCUAUUACGGAAGGGAUGUUUUGUUCGCCUGAAGUCGUUCCAAGCGAACUCCGUAAAAGGCAAGAAGAUCCUUAUUAUUCUCGACCUUGAAGUCUUGGAGGGACUGGGAGAGGCCGAGAAGAUUGGCGAACCAAGACCACUCGAAAGUAAAACAGAUGAAGACGACAAGCACCAACCCACUACGAUCUCCAGCAACGGUUUCUAUGGAUCCAAGAUGUCAGGCGCACAGGCCCAGUCAAAUACCGGAGUGCAGUCAGCACGACCUGUUUUGGCCGCAGCGCAUGCUACUAUAUAUCCCAUCGAAGCUAUUUCACCAUAUUCUCACAAAUGGACGAUCAAAGCACGCUGUACGAGCAAGACAAAUAUCAAGACUUGGCACAAUAGGAAUACCGAAGGGAGGCUCUUCAGCGUCAAUCUACUGGACGACAGUGGCGAAAUACGAGCUACUGGAUUCAACGACCAAUGCGACAUGCUGUAUGACGUCUUCCAGGAGGGCGGUGUAUACUAUAUUUCCAAUUGCCGCGUGCAAAUUGCCAAAAAGCAGUUCACGAACUUGAACAACGAUUAUGAGCUGACUUUUGAAAGGGAUACGGUGGUUGAAAAGGCAGAGGAUCAGAGUGAUGUUCCCCAGGUUCGAUUCAAUUUCACUUCUAUCGGUGACCUCCAAUCGGUAGAAAAAGAUACUACGAUCGAUGUGAUAGGCGUGCUGAAAGAGGACAUGGGGGUUUCACAGAUCACAUCCAAAACUACAAACAAGCCCUAUAACAAGCGCGAGCUGGUCAUGGUUGACAAUACCGGGUUCUCUGUUCGCCUGACUAUCUGGGGCACUACAGCUCAGAACUUCAACGCCUUGCCCGAGUCUGUAAUAGCUUUCAAAGGCGUGAAGGUCUCUGACUUUGGCGGGCGUAGUCUGAGUUUGCUGAGCUCGGGUUCAAUGGCGGUUGAUCCUGACAUUGAGGAAGCCCACAAGCUCAAAGGCUGGUAUGACGCACAAGGCAGAGAUGAGAAUUUCUCUUCGCAUGCUUCCUUGUUAGGCACAGCCUCAUCAACGAUGAAGUCGGACCAGUUCAAGACUAUCGCCCAAAUAAGAGAGGAGCAAUUGGGUAUGUCGGAGGAAGCGGUUUACUUUUCGCUGAAAGCAACGGUCAUCUACAUAAAGCAGGACAACAUGUCCUUUGCUUAUCCUGCUUGUCUCUCAGAAAAUUGCAACAAGAAGGUGACCGAGCUUGAUCCCGGCCAGUGGCGCUGUGAGCGCUGCGAUAAGACUCACCCCCGACCAGAUUAUCGCUACAUAAUGCACGUUAAUGUCAGCGACCAUACCGGCCAACUUUGGCUAAGCUGCUUUGACGACGUGGGCAAAUUGAUGAUGGACAUGUCAGCCAAUCAGUUAAUGGAACUGUUCCAGACGGAUGAGAAAGCAGCUGGCGACGCAUUCCAGGAUGCCAAUUGCCGGACCUGGAAUUUCCGAUGCCGUGCCAAAAUAGAUCAUUUCGGCGAACAACAACGUAUACGGUAUCAGGUAUCCUCGGCCAACCCGAUAAAUUAUUCCCACGAGGCUUCACGCCUUGCCGAUCUUAUUGAAUCUUACAAUGUAUCUUGAAUAUGCUCUCAGCAUGCUGAAGGCUUCUUGAGACUCCCCUUGCAAGCAUUGUGCAUCUUUAUUUUUACAACACUCUUUUCAAUGAAAUUUUUAUAAAAUCCGUGGCUUUGGAAUUGUGUGACAUCGACUGCUGUCACUAAGAUAGGAUGCAUACCUGAAACGAUGAUGGAUCUUGAAAGGUGCUACAAACUGAACAAAGAAAAUAUAAGCCAAC